AUGGAGGUGGGGGUUUGGGUGAACGAGGGCUGGCUGGAGGGGAAGCCAGCGCAGAGGUCUCAUCACACACACUUGACAGAAGCCGAGCUCUGGGCGAUGGCGAGACGCUUCCAUGAUAUGAAGCCACAGCUGGAUCGUUGGGUCGUGAUGGAGGCGGCCGUGUCUUUGCCCUCGGGCCCCGUGGAGCCCUCUACAGGCUGUGACCCACAUUAG